CGCCUCUGGUUUGCUGCAGCUCGGUGUGCAGUGUGACAGCGGCUGCCUGAAUUUAUUUCAGCCGGGGACGAGUGAGAAAUUAGAAGGAAGGCGGAUUCCGGUGCCUCUCACUCGCUCAUGCACUUUUGAAGAAGACGCCCCCUCCCUGCACCUGUCCUGCUUCGUCUUCUUGCCGUCUCGCAGGAGUUGAGUCUCUUGCGAGUGAGCGGACGUCGCUUCUCAUUGUUAGAUAGACGUUGUUUUGAGCAUGACUUCGGCGUACAACCUGGAUUUCCACCCUCUCACCGAAAGUCGGUUAUUGGCUUCGAGCGAUACAAUCAACGGCAGCGGCAGCAAGAUGAAUGGGUCACUGGAGCAUUUAGACCAGCCUGAUCCAGACUCCAUCAAGAUGUUUGUUGGACAAAUCCCACGCUCCUGGUCAGAAACGGAACUAAAAGAGCUUUUUGAGCCAUUUGGAGCUGUACACCAGAUCAACAUCCUUCGUGAUCGCACCCAAAAUCCCCCUCAAAGCAAAGGAUGCUGUUUUGUAACUUUUUAUACGAGAAAAGCUGCACUGGAAGCCCAGAAUGCACUGCACAACAUAAAGACCUUAAGUGGGAUGCAUCAUCCUAUCCAGAUGAAACCCGCUGACAGUGAGAAAACAAGUGCGGUAGAAGACAGAAAACUCUUCAUUGGAAUGGUUUCAAAAAAAUACGGCGAGAAUGAGGUCAGAAUGAUGUUCUCAUCUUUCGGUCAGAUCGAAGAGUGCCGAAUCCUCCGGGGUCCAGAUGGUCAGAGCAGAGGCUGUGCGUUUGUCACAUUUGCUACCAGGGCAAUGGCACAGAAUGCAAUCAAAACCAUGCAUCACUCUCAGACUAUGGAGGGCUGUUCCUCACCGUUGGUGGUGAAGUUUGCUGACACACAGAGAGAUAAGGAGCAGCGGCGCCUGCAGCAGCAGUUAGUACAGCAGAUUCAGCAGCUCAACAGCGCCUCUACCUGGGGAAACCUGGCUGGCCUGAGCACCCUCACACCGCAGUACCUAGCUUUGCUCCAGCAGGCCACGUCUACCAGUAACCAAGGCAGUUUCAGUAGUUUACAGAGGUUAGGAGCAGGAGUAAAUCCCCUUCAGCUGCAGAACUUGGCCACACUAGCUGCUGCUGCGGCUGCAGCCCAAAGUUCUGGCAGCCCGACUACCACCAGCACCCUGUCCACAAACAGUGGAGCGCUGGGAGCUCUGGCCAGUCCAGCAGCCAGCUCAGCAGGGUCUAGUGCCGGUGCUGCCAUGAACACCUUGGCAUCUCUGGGCACCCUGCAGGGUCUCAGUGGGAUCUCUAUGGGCCUCAACAACCUUAACGCACUCACCAGCAGCGUCAGUGGUAUGGGGUCCUUAAAUGGAGGACUGGGAGCCUCCAUGGCCAAUGGGUCAGCAGCCAGCUCCAUGGACACGCUGACCCAGGCCUACUCAGGGAUGCAGCAGUACACAGCCUCUGCCCUGCCCUCCCUCUACAGCCAGUCUCUACUCCAGCAGAGCGUUGCUGGCAGCCAGAAGGAAGUAGGGCCAGAGGGUGCCAACCUGUUCAUUUACCACUUGCCCCAGGAGUUUGGGGACCAGGAUCUUCUGCAGAUGUUCAUGCCUUUUGGAAAUGUGGUCUCUGCCAAAGUCUUCAUUGACAAACAGACCAAUCUGAGCAAGUGCUUCGGGUUUGUCAGCUAUGACAAUCCUGUGUCUGCGCAAGCUGCCAUCCAGGCCAUGAACGGUUUCCAGAUUGGAAUGAAGAGGCUGAAGGUUCAGCUGAAGCGUUCCAAGAAUGACAGCAAACCCUACUGAUCCUAGCUCCGGGGCCUUCCCCCUCCCCAGCUCUAAUGCUAGCACUGCUAGG